AUGGCUAUCGACUGGAAAGAAGUGAAGGAUUUGUUGCGAACCAAAGACCAGCGCUUAAGUGAUGUCCAAAUUAGACAAAUCGGUGAUCACUCUAAUUACACAAAUCCAUUGAAUGUCACGUUUGACUCGCAGUCAAUGUCCAGUAGUCAUGAGAUUAUCACUAAUAAGGAACUAAAAGACGCCGCGUUUGGAGUGAUAAGUCUCGUCAAUACCUAUGAUUUGGAUAUCAAGUCAUUGGCGAAUGGAUUCAUUAGAUCUAAGACCAGUUCCGGUGCUGAAGUGACUUCAAAUAGAAAUCAAUCCAAAUAUGCUUUAAAUGCUUUCGACUGCUAUUUGAUUGGAAAACAAACGUUUGAUAACAAGGAGUACUUGAAUGCAAAGAAAUGGUUGACAGAAGCGAUCGAUAGAUUGGAUGACAUGACCAGCGAUGAGAUAAUUGCUGAUAUUUUUAAUUAUCUGUCGUUUUGUGAACUGAAAAGUGGAAAACCAAGUGAAGCCCAAAAAUAUAAGAGACUGUCGGCCGCUAUAAAGCCAGACAUCGAGACAAAUGACUUGAUAUCAGAGAUCAAAGAGUUUAACGAUACAAAUACCACUUUUUCU